AUAAUUUCUGAGCUCCACAUAGUGGAGCUGAUUCUUUCACACAGUUGUCAGCCUGCACGUCAGAGCUCCACGUGGUUGGAUGAGAUGUCAUAGAAAAUUUACAUUAUACGAAGCGCGUAGUUUUCAUUAUUUUCGUUCGCAACAAACCACAACAAACUCGCAAAAUGACUCAAAUGUCUAGACUAGAAAUUAAUGUCAAGCGACUUUUAACGCGCUGCGAAUUAAUAGCGAAAGAUGAUCCGCAUAAAGACUGGAAACUUGAAAAGUAUAUACUUGCUCUGGAUGACAUGAUGAAUAAAUUGCAAGCACAACCAAAUAAACCAUCCAAAGAUACCAUGAUGGGUUAUACUAAAAGGAUAGACUUCCUAAAAGGAAUAAUAAGUGCAAUGAAGUUAUCAAAUCCUGUAGAAAGAGUUGCUGCUGCACAAUUAUUACCAAAAAAUUCGGCUUCGGCAAAUGAUUCUAUCACUACAAAUAUUACAACACAAAUACAUCAGAAAACCAUUGCAAAAUAUAAUCGAGAACUACGUGCAGAUUUAUUUCAUACUGACAAAGGUGCAAAUAAAGACGGUAUACGACAGAGAUUAUCAAAUGCUAAUAUGCAAGACGAAGACUUGGAUGCUAUUUUGAAGUACAAUCGUAAUAUUCAGGAGAAAAUUGCUGAAAAUAUGCUCUCCAUGACCAGCAGUAUGAAGGAACAUGCAUUAGCAGCGAAUGCUAUCAUAAAAAAAGAUAUUGGCACGCUGGAAGUGUCCGACAAAUUAACCGAUGUCAAUGCUGUUAAAUUAAAGAAGGAGUCUUUAAAGCUAGAAGAGCACACUAACUCAAAAUGGAGAUGCUGGUUGUGGUUCAUGAUAGCUUUCGUUUUGGUUGUAUUUUUCAAUAUGAUAUUAUUCAUGAAAGUGAUGAAAAAGAAAAUUUAAACAAUAAUUGGU